AUGCGACCAGACAUUUGUUAUGCGGUGAACGUUCUCAGCCGAUUCAAUGCCAACCCUGGUGAGCGACAUUGGAAUGCGGUGAAGCACUUGCUACGUUACCUAAAUGGAACAUCCAAAUAUCGCUUGGUAUACCAGCAGAAUAAGAAACCAAUUAUUGAAGGAUUCUCCGAUGCCGUUUGGGCGUCUGACCACGACGACCGGAAAUCAACUACCGGAUACGUAUUCACCGCUCAAGGAGGAGCUAUAUCAUGGAGCUGCAAACGACAACAAACCGUUGCUCUGUCCACUUGUGAAGCCGAGUACAUGGCUUUAUCGGCAGCUGUGCAAGAAGCCAUAUGGUGGAAGCGUUUAAGAGCAUUGUUCGAGGAGGAUCAAGCCAUUGUUAUUCAUUGUGAUAAUCAGAGUGCAAUCUCCGUGGCGAAUAAUGGUGGCUAUCGACCGAGGACCAAACAUAUUGAUAUACGUCAUCAUUUCAUCCGUGAUUGUUGCGACAAAGGUGACAUCAUGGUGGAGUAUAUCAGCACUGAUAAGCAGACUGCAGACGGUUUAACCAAAGCAUUACCUCCUUCGAAGAUAAAAUUAUGCCGCGAAGCAAUGGGUUUACGAAAUUCAAUGGGUUGA